AUGACGGCGGGAGACUGUCCCGGGCGAGACCCAAAGUCCUGCCCGGCCGGCAAUGCCAGCACCCUCCUGCCCGAGGGGCUGGCCGACCUCCCCGUCCUGACCCUGUCUGGAAAGAUCCGCGUGUUGCUCACGUUCCUCCUUUUCCUCGUCUCCACGGCCUUCAACGUCUCGUUCCUUCUGAAGCUCGGGAAAGGGGGCCAGAGGCAAGAGGAAGGCAAGAAGAGGAGGCUGCCCCGAAUGAAGGUGCUCCUCAAACACCUGGCGGCGGCCAACCUUUUGGAAACCCUGAUCGUCAUGCCGCUGGACGGGGUCUGGAACGUGACGGUGCAGUGGUACGGCGGGGGGCUUCUGUGCAAAGCCCUGAGCUACCUGAAGCUCUUCUCUAUGUACGCCCCCGCCUUCAUGAUGGCGGCCAUCAGCCUGGACCGCUGCCUGGCACUGACCAGGCCCCUGGCCGUGCAAAACCUGACCCAGAUUGGACGGGGCCUAAUUGGCCUGGCCUGGUUUCUCAGCGGGGCCUUGGCCGGGCCGCAGCUUUACAUUUUCCGAAUGAUUUACAUAACGGACAGUUCCGGGAAGAUGGACACUUUCUCGCAGUGCGUGACGCUCAGCAGCUUUCCAGAAUGGUGGCAAGAGGCUUUCUAUAACCUCUUUACCUUCCACUGCCUGUUCAUUGCACCUCUCUUCAUCAUGCUGGUCUGUAACGUUAGAAUCAUCUUCGCCAUGACACGGGGCCUUCGUCAGGAUCCCCGAAGCCUGGAACUUAAUCGAUCCAAGAACAAUAUCCCCAGGGCCCGUUUGAAGACACUGAAGAUGACUGUGGCAUUCGCCGUCUUAUUUACCGUUUGCUGGACUCCCUACUACGUCUUGGGAAUCUGGUAUUGGUUUGAGCCAGAAAUGCUAAAUAGGGUGCCUGACCCUGUAAGUCACUUCUUCUUCCUCUUCGGCUUACUGAAUCCAUGCUUGGACCCGCUAAUAUACGGGUAUUUCUCUCUGUAA